AUGUUAAGAACCCUCAGAGACGCCGCCGGCCUGAAAAGACCGGCUUCUUCACCUCCCUGCUUUCCUCGCAUUCCCCCAUCCCCUCAACCAGGCGUGGACUACAAUUCCCGGCAUCCAUCCAACCGCGACCAUCUUGCCUCUCCUUUCUCCUCUACGGCUCCCCCCUCCCCAGAAUGCAACGCGCCUGCGCCAACGACGCCGGGAGGCGGGCUGGCGUCGGGCUUUCCGCGCGGUGCAUUGUGGGAGAAGGGUGGGGACAUCCUGAGAGCGAUGGACGGCAGCAGAGAUGCGCCAGGUGAGUCUGCCCUCCCCCGCCCCGCCCCUUUCCAGCCAGAUAAGCCCCCCGCCCCACCCUCUUCUCCCUCCCCCUCUUCUCCCUCCCUCCCCACUGGGCCCCCACGAAUUGGCUCCCCCCCCCCAGUAUUAAAAAACAACCCCUUUCUCUUCCUUCGCUGGGCCUUCCAAGCUCUUUCUCUGCUGCUGCGGCUGCUUUGGGGGUCGCCAAGCUAUUACUGCAGGUCUCCUCGUUAUUAUUGUUACUGUUACUACUACUACUAUUAAUAAUAAUUAAAUUCGUUAGCCGUUUCAUUUCACCCGAGGCAGUCCAAAGCGUCUUAACCAUACUGAACAUUUUAAGUACAGUGGUACCUCGGGUUGAGAACUUAAUUCGUUCUGGAGGCCUGUUCUUAACCUGAAACUGUUCUUAACUUGAAACUGUUCUUAACCUGAAGCGUCUGUAACCCAAGGUACCACUGUAUUCAUUUUGCACCUGCCUUUUGACCACUUGCAUCCGAGUGAAGAUGCCCAAGUGCCAGGAUGGUGCCUGACGUCUCCCCCCAUCUGGGGAAUCGCUGGAUCUGGGCUGUUUUCACUCACUAAUACAGCAUCCUGUAGAAUUCUACCCGUUAUAUUUUAUCUGCACAAUAGAGAAUGAAUUUCUGGAACCAAGGUGCUUUUUCUGUGCAACCUGAGCAGGAGCAGUGAACAGCAUCAUAGUUACAGUGGUACUUCGGGUUACAAACGCUUCGGGUUACAAACGCUUCAGGUUACAGACUCCGCUAACCUGGAAGUAGUAUCUUGGGUUAAGAACUUUGCUUCAGGAUGAGAACAGAAAUCGUGCAGCAGCAGCAGCGGGAGGCCCCAUCAGCUAAAGUGCUACCUCAGGUUAAGAAUGGUUUCAGGUUAAGAACGGACCUCCGGAACAGAUUAAGUUUGUAACCGGAGGUACCACUGUAAUUGUUGUCGCUUGUCUUUGCUUACCCCACUGCCCUGCUCAGAGCAGUGAAGGAUAUUCUUACAUUAUGAAUCGUCCUUGUCACCUUUAAGAAAAAGAGGUUGGAGCUGUCCAUGGAUCAAGUGACUUUCUUGUUUAAGUUCUCAGAGUUCUUAACCUAGCUCAAGGUUGUCCUCUGAACUAGCCAUAUGUUUAACUGAGAAUCAAUCACAUUCAGUCCAUCCUUUGAAAAAUAAGACUUUAGAGCCGUCAUGCCCAAAAAUGGCAACUAGACAUUCUGGUUUGGCGGCUGUAACUUUUAAGGAGCUAUUUGGCUCCUAGCUUAUAUAUCUGAAUUUCUUAACACUGGGCUCAAUCCCUGACAUCUUCAGGCUGUCUGAAAUCCUGGCAAGAGCCACUGCCAGUCAGUGUAGGCAGUGCUGAGCUAUUUGGACCAUUGGUUUGACUCAUAUCUACAUGCCAGAUCCUGCUUUCAGCUGAGAGUUGUAACAGGUGUCCUUUGAACUCCUUUCCCUUCGCAAUGAUUAUAUGAAGGGUUAAUAUAAUUUCUUUUGUUUUUUUGUGGUGCCCCUUCUACUCGGCCAGGGAAAACCAGCCGGUGGUUUGGCAUCACGAUGCCCAAAUCGGAGAAGACCAAUGUGAACAUCCUGCACCAGGAGAAGCUGAUCGCCCAAAAGAAGCGUGAGAUUGAGGCCAAGCUGGAGCGUCAAGCCAAGCGCAGCCACUUGGCUAGUAAGCAGGCCUCGCAGGCUAGCGAGUACGUAGGAUUGCCUUGUUCAUACCUUUCAGAUAGGCUGGGAGCAAUGGGCAGGCAAUUGCCUGUGUGAUAGCGCCAGAAGAUGCAGGGAAGCACAGAAGUCUAAUAAAUAUACAAAGUAAGUGUCUCUGAGGGAGUCCCUGCUCUUCUCAUGUCCCAUUCCAGCUGACCUCUGAGGAGAGGCUGACUGCAUUUGCCUCAGGUGUGCAUUGAGCAUUAAAUUAUUCCUGAUGCUCGAGAUUUAGCAAUCAGAUUAUGAGGCUGGCUUCUGUUUUGAUGCAAUCUCCUGCUGAGCAUCUGCCAGGGGCCAGAUAUUCCUGGCAUGAGCAGUCGCUCUGAGCUUCCUUCCAGUCUUGUGACAUCAGCACAUAGAUCACGUGGAAGUCAAGGGGAUGGGAUGGCAACCAAGGACACACAGUCCUCCUUUUGUGUGUCUUUUGAAAACAGUGAUAGAACUCCGUAAGAAUGAGCAAAGGCUUAAUUUGCAAAGGGAGGGAGUCUUAAUUAUUGGAUUAUUAUUUUUUGCUGGUGGGGGAAGCUGUGCUCCACAGCAGCACUGUGGCCUCUAACCUCCUCCCUCUUUAACCCCACAGUGAUGACAGUGGAGAUGGGGAAAGCUCUGUUUCCAACAAAUUUGCCAACGAUGGGAGUUUCCUCCAGCAGUUCCUCAAGCUGCAGAAGGAGAAGUUGGGCAGCGGUAAGCACUUGUUCCUGAGUCCACUCUGCCAAUUCUGUGGGCCUGUUGUAAGUCCCAAGGGCAGGGAAUUUCUUUCAGCACAGAGAGCCAUGUUCUCUUUUGAACAGAUCUUUUGGGGGCCACAUGUCAAUAGCGGGCAGGGCUCAUGGGAAAAGCAGGCAGGGCAAUGAAUGUCAAUUUUUUCCUUCUAUGCAGUAGAGUGAGUUUCUGCACACAUUCGUGCACCAGCCCUCUCAAAGAAACCCGUUUUCUUUUUUCUUUCAAUUUUUAUUGAAGUCAAACAAAUCAGUGCCAAAAAAAUACAAAUACAAAAAAAGAAAAAGUAUAGUAUAUCAGGAAGAAACUUAAAUCAAGUGAGCAGACCAUUAGGUAAGCUAAAUUUUACAUUGUACCAUGGAGAGGGAGUCCAGGUAUUGGCUAUAUAUAUGAUUAAGUUGCCCCCAGACAGCAUGGAAUUUUUCAGGGUCCUCUGAGCUUUUUGCCACAUGUAAUUUAUGCACCUUCUCUCUGGGCGCUUCCUAUUUGUAGGGUGCUCUCCCAAGAGAGGCUCACAUGGCACCUUUGUUACGUAUCUUUAGGCACCAGGUGAAAGCAUUCCUCUACAAACAGACCUUUGGCUUUUAAACAAUGUCCUUGUAAAGCGGGGUGGGUUGUCGAGUGUUGUUUUUUUUACUUCUAUUGUAUUUAUCUUGUGUUCUAUGUUGUGUCCUGAACCCCUGGCGUACCUGGCAGCAGGCCAGUAUGCCAAGUCCAAGGGUCAAUCCGCACAGGUCCAAAGGUCAGGAAUGAAGCUCAGGGUAAGAGCCAAGUCUGAAGUCCAGCAGUCAGGAUACAGUCCAGAGCCAAAACCAAAGCCCAGUCCCAUAGAGGUCCAGGAGCACUGAAGCCAAGGUCCGCCAGCAUGGGUAGCUGAGCAUACCCAGCACCUCAGCUCUGCUUCAGUUUUGUACUUUCCAUGCUGAAUGCAACAUCUGGGCUUCAUGAGGCAUGUGACCCUCACCUGCUCCAAGCCUACUUCCAGCUGAGGAAAUCACAUCCCUCCUUCCAGAGCUAGCAAGCCCCACCUGGCCAGCUGGGGAGCUGGGCUGUGGAUCCUUGCUUCCUCAGCCUUCUGCUGCUCCCUACGCCUCAGAGCCUGCUAUGUUUGUGGGGACACGGGCCCCUCUGGCUCUUGCAAUGGGUCCUGCUACUUUGGUUCCUGUGCACUGACCCCCAUCCCCUCGCCAUCCUCCAUCCCCAGUGUGUCCCAGUCCCAACUACACCCCUUGUCAGGGUCCUCUUCCUCCUCCCUGUCAUCCUGCCGGUUCGUGACUUGUUGUAAACUGCCCUGUGGUCUGUUGAGGAAGAGCAGUAUAUAAAUUUAGUUAAUAAUAAUAACAACAAUACAGUGGUACCUCUAGAUACGAAUGGGAUCCGUUCCGGAGCCCGUUCGCAUCUAGAGCUAAACGUAACUAGUGAUGGGGCGUCUGCGCACAUGCGCGUCGCUUUUUGCCACUUCUGCGCAUGCACGUGACGUCAUUUUGAGCGUCUGCGCGUGUGCAAGUGGCGAAACCCGGAAGUAACGCGCUCCGUUACUUCCUGGUUGCCAAGGAGCGCAACUCGAACGCGCUCAACUCAAAGCAUAUUUAACCCGAGGUAUGACUGUAAUGUCAGCCUCUGUCUCCCCACCCUUCCAGACGCUUCCUCCAGCUCUGCCAAGGCCUCUGCGGCAAACCCCCCGGCUGCCAGCACCGCAAAGAAGCCCCCACUGAGCGGGAAGCGCCCCAACCUGAGUGUCACCAGCAUGCUGAACCAGGUCAAGAACUACACCCAUUCCAAGCAGACGCCCGUGACCAACCGCCUCAGUGUUUUCCAGUCGCCAGAUGACGAGGAUGAGGAGGAAGACUACGAGCAGUGGCUGGAGAUAAAAAGUAAGUGGCGUUUCUUUACAAAGCGAGGGAACAGGGCCCUCUGCCCUGCACAGCUUCCCAUCGUUUUUCCGAAGGGGGAUUCUGGCCAGCUGAAAAGAUACUUACUUUGUGCUUAGAAUUCCACUGAGUGUUGUAAAAGCUGUUAAAAAUGUGCCUUGAGAGGGAGGGAGGCACAUGUCCAGGUCAGGACCAACACCCUCUCCCCACAGCCCCAGCCUUCUUUAUUGAUUAAUCCCUCACUUGUGCCAAAAAAGGGCUUUUAGGAUGGACCUAACACAUCACUGAGUCUUUGCCCUUAGGCCUACUGUCUUAAAGGGACGCAACACAAAAGGAAAGUGAGCUGGGAGGGUGUAGUUUAGACCACAGUUGAGGAAACCUUGGCUUGAUAUACUGUAGUUGAGAAAACCAUGGUUUGAUAGCCCACAGUUGAGUAAACUGUGGUUUGAUAUACCAUAGUUGAGUAAACUGUGUAAACCAGGCGAUUGUACAAACAAUUAACAAGGAGGUUUACAAAAUAAAACCAAAAACAAUACAGCGUAGACACAGCUGCCCCAGUGUUCAGUAGGUGUUGGUAGGUCAGUCUUGCAUGCCUGCGCCUUCCUCCCCACCCCCGUAUUGAAAGCAUCAGGCUUAUGUUGCUGCCUGCCGUGGCUCCAUCGUUUCAUCCUCUUUCUCCUCGUUCCACCCACCCCGCUCCCUCCUUCUCCCCCGCCGUCUCGUGGGCCUACUGCUGUGGUUCUUAAAGAGGUAAUGUGCCUGUUGGGUGUGUGAGUUGAGCCCCAGUACUGACAGCCUGCUUAAAGUUUGUCCCCCAGAGGACACCCGGACUCGCCGAGUGGUGGAGAAGCUGGCCAGGGUCGUGGCGGAAGGGGGCCCCGAUCUGGAGAAGGUGGCGCUCGAGGACUGCAAGGACAACCCGACUUUUGCGUACGUUAGCUGCUGUUCUUGUGCAUCCACCCUCCCUCUUCUCCCUCCCUUGUGUGGUCAGUCAUGGUGCAGGAAGCCAAGGACAGCCCUUGACUCCCCUCCAUGCUUGUUGCUAUCCACCUCUCCUGCUGUGCACCUUUUACACUAGGACGCUUCCAAGACCCGAUCCCCCUUAAUGCCCUUUUUUCUCUCGCACCCCUCAGAUUCCUGCACGAUAAGAACAGUCCGGAGUUUCUGUAUUACAGGAAAAAGCUGGCGGAAAUGUGGAAGAAGGGUCAAGAUCCAGAAGAGGCCUCUUUCCAGAAAGGUAAGGCGAGGGUCAUUGCUCCCCUCCUGCAAUUCUUGCGUAAGCUAUCUUUUCAUAGGCAGAACUCUCCAAACGAUUCAUGUUGGUGACACACUUUUAAGACAGGCAUCGUUUUGUGACACAGUAAUUCAGUUUUGCUAGCAAACCGGAGGUUAAACUAACCCCUUCCCAGCCCUGGGAGCAACACACCUACACACUGCAGUCGACACACUGGUGUGUCAUGACUCACAGUUUGGAAAGUUCUGGGCUACGGGCUGGGUGUGUAUAGAGAUCAGCCUGGCUAGCGUGGCACCCUCCAGAUGUUUUGCACUAUGACUCCCAUCAGCCCCAGGCAGCACAGACAUUUUGGACUACAACUCCCACAGUACACCGUUGUGCCUGCCAAAACAUCUGGAGGGUGAAGUUUGGUGUUGAUGAUAUGAGAGCUGAGAGCUUUCUUUAAAAAAAACACACAAAACCUACUGAUUAAUGAAGCAGCAGAUUUUUAGCUUUAGUUUUUUUAAAAAAAGAUAAUUUGGCUGCUACCCUAACCCCUCAUAACUUGAGAGGAAGCCCCAUUGAAUUCAGAACAACUUAAUUCUGAGUAGACGUGGCUUGGGUUGCUGUUAGCUGCUUUUGGCGCAGAUCUGUUGAAAUCGAUGGCCACUCACUUGAGGCCUAGUGUCUCCAGAGGACCUGCUCUGAGCAUGCCUAACUCUUGAUCCAGCCUUAAUUAUUUCUUGAAGAACUAAUAUCCUGCCUUCAGGGUGCAAAGCACAAAUCAAGAAUAGUUUACAACAUUUUGUAUUGUUGUUGUUGUUAAUAUUUUCAGAGGCAGUAAAUGCUUCUCCAUACCAGUUGCUGGAAACGGCAGGAGGAGAGAGUUGCUCUUGCACUCAGGUCAUAGAAUCAUAGAACCGUAAAUAAUAGUAACAGUUCAGUCCCCUGCAAAGCAGUAACCAUUAAUUUGCUUGCUAUGCGUGUCUUUUGGCCAUUUGCAGACGUACCAUAAAGACAGCUAAAAAUAGUUUUUAAAAGCAGUCUAGGAAACCUGCUGUGAAGGUAGGUUUAAGCGAUUUGAAUGAGAACUCCUAAGGCAGACCUCAAGCUGGAAAAGCUUGUCAAAAUGAAAACUGUUUGUGAAGAAUAUGGAUUUUGGGUGUUUCAGAACAAGAGGAGGGCGCGCUGGGUCAGGUCAAAAGAUCUGGUUCACCAUCCUGCCCUAACUGGCCAGCAAGGUGCCCCAAUGGGGAAACCCACAAGCAGGAUCUGAGCGCAAGAGCCCUCUCCCCUCCCGUAGGUUCCGGCAACUGGCAUUCGGAAGCAUCGCUGCCUCUGAGCAGCAGCCAGGCUUAGGCGUUUACCAGGUGCGACAUUUAGUCAGCAGACCGACCUCCUGAAAACCCAUAGAAUGAAUUGGGCACAGAUUCCUUCAGACAGGGUGACAACCUUAGUCUAGCACGCCUGUCUGCCUUCCGGUUUGCAGGUGUGAGUGCCGCUGCUUGUGUAACAGACCAGGGUGGGGUGGGGGGAAAUGCUCAGGGUGGGGGGAACCAGGAGGGGGUAUAUUUGCGCCAGGAGUGAGCAACCUCUUGCCCUCUGGGUGUUUCUGAGCCAUCAGAGGUUUUUUCCAGGCCCUUUUAUGUGCACAAUGAGGCAGUUGUGUGCCUUAAUGUCAGUGGUUAUGCUCUGAGACCAUACAUUUAAAGUGCCCUGAGAGCACUGCAAACAGUCUUGGCUUCUUCUGGGAGCUGUAGUUCAUUAAGGGGCUGAAAGUACACUAUUCCCUUCAAAGAGUGACAGUUCUCAGAGUGCCCUGUGAAGUGGGGUCGAAGGUUAAACCUCUCUGGGUAUUGAUCCGGGGAAACCAGCUUUUCAAAGGCUGAGAGUCAUUUACACCUCUGCCACCCCCUUCCUUCUUAGUGCCCCCCCCCCCCGGUAGCCCCACUGCCCCCAGGGAGCAGUUGACAAUAUUGGGACUUAGCUGUGGAUCUGUUCUGAGUGCAGCCGGCAUUAUUUCCUCCUUUUCUGUUUGUGAUCAAAGUGGGGAGGCGAAAAGGCAAGAAACAGACUGAGAAAGAGAAAUUUUAAACCCUCCUCUUCCCGCUUAUUCCGUCCCCUCCCCUCCCGGGGUUCCUUAAGGCCAGAUUAAGAGCUUGUGGCUGUUGGGUAUGUGAGUUGGGGGCACCGUACUGACAGCCUGCUUAAAGUUUCGCCUCCAGACGACGACGAGACCAAGGACUGCGCCGAGAAGCUCGCCAGGUUCGUUGCCGACGGGGGCCCCGUGGUGGAAAUGGUCGCCCUGAAGAACCACCGGGAGAACCAGUCCUUCAGGUGAGGAGGGUCAGCUGGGAUCUGGGGGAGUGGGAGAGUCUGUGUGCCAAAACGCGCGCACACACCAUAGCCUAGGUUUACGGUGCCGUUGGCAAUUAGAUUAUAUAUUUGAGUAGAUAUGUAGCCAUGUAGAUGUGUUGUCAAAACAACUAGUGUUUUAAAUAGGAUCUUGGCAGCUCAAACAGUGAUGGGGAAACAGCCCACAAAUCUUACACUUGAUGCUUUGUACCACUCACUCUGGAAUAAUGGAGAAAGUUGCAUGUAAUUUGAGAUUCUGAUGAGGACUAGAACCUCCAGGCACCUUUUAUAUGAUUUGGCAUUCCUUCAUUACAUAUACUGUACUGUAUCGUCGUCGCAUGUUUGGCGGAUCUGGGACGACACUUGAUAGAUUAAUGCUGAUAUUCUUCAGGGGCUUUGUUAUUUUAACCUAUGUGCCACAGUACUCACCCUGCAUGCCUGUUUUAUAGUUUUGCUCUCCAUCUUUUAAUUUCCAUCUAGCGGUUCUCUCGGUUUUAUAUGCGUUAUAAAAUGAAAUUAAAACAAACUUUACACAAAAAAGGAUUUGAGACUUGCACUGGGGGAGACCAGGGUUCACAUCCACCCACUAAGCCAUGCAGCUCACUUGGGUCCCCUCAUGGCCAGGUGUCUCUUGGCCUAGUCUACCUCCCAGGUUGUGGUGAAUAUCAAAUGGGGAGAACCAUGUAUGAACCUUGAGCUCCUCAGGUGGGAUAUAAAUGUAACAAAGAACUAAUAAGGAAAGUGUAUGGUUGGCAUAAAUCUCCUAAAUCUCCUACCCACCUUUCUUUGGCGAACUAAGCUCACUUGUGAGGAAGAAAGGGAAUUUUUUCAUUUUAAUCAAUCCAUUUGCCAUAGCGACCCUUAUACCACUAGGUGGCGCCACAGCUGCUUGAAUGUUUUGAAUAAUGUUUACUUAAUUUUAUUCAUCUCAGUGCAUCAUUUUUUAAAGUUUUGCACAGUAUUUAGGUUUUGUUUCAUAUAUUUUUUUACACGCUUCAGGAUUUGGUAUAUAUUAUGUGUAGCCCGCUGCAUUCUUUCACCAUUUUUUUAUGUUCCAUUGAGUUUAACACCAAAUCGGUUAUUUCGUACAUUACCAUUGUGGGAGAUUUCCAACUUCCGUGUUUUCUACAGCUCAUGUUGGAAAAAUGUGACAUUCAUUGUUCUCGUUCUUAAAAAUCCAACAAAAAUUAUUAAUGAAUUCAAUUUAAUACUAAUAAUAAUAAAUUUAUUUAAAAUGGAUUUUCUUCCCUUUAAUUGGUCUUUGUACGCUCCUUCUGCGGGACGCAGGUGGUGCUGUGGGUUAAACCACAAAGCCUAGGGCUUGCAGAUCAGAAGGUCGGCGGUUCAAAUCCCCGCGACGGGGUGAGCUCGCAUUGCUUGGUCCCUGCUCCUGCCAACCUAGCAGUUCGAAAGCAUACAGUGCAAGUAGAUAAAUAGGUACCGCUCCGGCGGGAAGGUAAACAGCGUUUCCGUGCGCUGCUCUGGUUCGCCAGAAGCGGCUUAGUCAUGCUGGCCACAUGACCCGGAAGCUGUCUGCGGACAAACGCCGGCUCCCUCGGCCAGUAAAGCGAGAUGAGCGCCGCAACCCCAGAGUCGUCCGCGACUGGACCUAACUUUCAGGGGUCCCUUUACCUUUAUGCUCCUUCUGCAGAUUUUUGUAUGAGCCUGGCAGCUCCGGCUACAAGUAUUACCGGCAGAAGCUGGAGGAAUACCGCAAAGCCAAUGACGAUGCUGAGGGGGUCCCUCCUAUCCCGGCAGCCAACCUGAAACGCAAAGUCCCUCCCAAGGGGGCUCCCUCCCCUUCCUCUUCCUCUUCCUCCUCCUCUUCCUCCUCCUCCUCCUCCUCAGUGGCACUGCUGCCUACACCAGCUGCCCCUCCUGCAAAGCCACCGCAACCUCAGCCACUGCCACCUGCGCCUGCCACCAAAAAAAAGAGGAAAAGCCGGUGGGGCCCAGAAGAGGAGAAGGUGGACUUGCCUCCCCCAGAGCUCGCUCAGCAGACCAAGGACCCCUCGCCCACCCCGUUGUCAGGUGAGUGGCGGUUGCGGGUCGAGCAGCGCUUUGUUCAUCCCUAGAGAUCAGGGCACUCCUGGACUGGUUUAAAGGGGAGGCCCUCCUGUUCCCACACUGGCCAGCCAGCUGCCCCACAAGCAGGAGCAGAGAGCUGUAGCCUUCUCACCAUUCUAUGGUAGACUGGCUCUCUCCAUGGAGGCUCCUCUUAGGGGUCAUUAGAAACUAGGAAGAGCCUGGCCACUGAAUCAGGCCAAGGAGACCCAUCUAAGUCCAGUGGCCAACCAGGUGGGAAACUAGCAGGCAGGAUCUGAGCACAAGAGCCCUCUCCCCUCCUGCGGUUUCCAGCAGCUGGAAUUCAGAAGCAUCACUGCCUCUGACCAUGGAGGCAGAGCUCAGCCCUAAUGGCUAGUGCCAUCAAUAGCCCUCUCUUCCAUACGUUUGUAUAAUCCAACUCAGCUGGAAGCAGCCUACUGUUGGUGGGAUUGGCAGAGCAGAGCAGCUCCAAGUCUGUCACCGACUGGUGGGAGGCAGCAGCCAGGGAACCCCCAGAGGAGGAAGGCUCAGAGCCUGGGACACCGAGGAGAGGUCAGAGGGAGAAAAUUGGGAAGCUGUGCCAGAUGCUGACGGAGCAACAGGGUUUAGUGAGCGGAAAGAGGCUGUGACAGGGAGCAGUUCAGACUCUGAGGCUGAAGCAAAGGGUGGGGGGGUCCAAGAGGUUGCAGAAGAAUCCAGGGAGUCUCUCUUUCUGGCUGUGACAAGCUCCCUCCACCCUAGUCUUGGAGAAUGUGCAGAAUAAUGAGGAGGGCAAAAGAGAGGCCAGAGGUGCGCAGGCACAGCUUGAGACUGCUUGGGAAACAUCUGGGAGAGGAGGAGCCUUAGAGAGGGUGGAGGGCAGGGACCAUAGAGGCAAGACCUGCUGGGAAGGGUUGCUGAGUUGUAUGCCGUUUCCUUGAAUAAAGGAACUGACGAAAGCCUAGCAUCUUUCGUGCUGACCUGUGUCUGACUCCAGCCCUGAGACUAAGCUUGUGAGCAAUUGCAAUAUAUGUGAAAAAAGAAAUCUAAUCUCUUGACUCCUCCUCCUUCCCUCACCUCACUCCUCCUGGCCAUCCGCUUCCCGUGUUGGGUACAGAUGUUGAUAGAAGUAUUUGAUUGGGGGGUACAGAUAGAAGUAUGGGGGGUGCUGUCUCCCACAGUGUGCAGUCAGGGCUAACCCUUCCGAUGCUCCUCCUUGUCUUCAGUCCAGGACCUCAAAGGCCUCGGCUAUGAGAAGGGGAAGCCCGUCGGGCUGGUGGGGGUGACGGAGCUUUCGGAUGCCCAGAGGAAGCAGCUGAAGGAGCAGCAAGAGGUAACGGGUUCACAUCUCUGCUCUCUCAACGCUUGCUACCUGCCGUCAGGAGUUCGAGUCUUCCUCAAGCGGGGGCCCAGUUUGGUGGGCCCGUCUGACUUCUGCAGGGGUGGGGAAAAGCAUCAUUCUGUCACCCGUCGGUCACGGCUUCUUCUUUCUCCACCCGCUCCCAGAUGCAGCAGAUGUACGACAUGAUCAUGAAGCACAAGCAGGCCAUGCAGGAGAUGCAGAUCAUGUGGGAGAAGACGGUCAAGGAGCACCAGUCCGGCUAUGACAGCGACGAGGAGGUGGACAGUGAGCUGGGCACCUGGGAGCAUCAGCUGAGGCGCAUGGAGAUGGACAAGACGAGAGGUGUGUAUGCCUGGCGGAGGGGCCUGGUGGUAGGCGAGAUGGAAUGGCAGGCGCUAGGCCAGUGUUUCUCAACCUUGGUUCCCCAGAUGUUGUUGGACUACAACUCCCAUCAUCCCUGAGCUCUGGCCUUGCUAGCUAGGGGUGAUGGGAGCUGUAGUUCAACAACAUCUGGGGCCCCAAGGUUGAGAAAGGCUGCACUAGGCGCUUCUGCAUAUGCCCAUUUCUGGAAGCCAUGCAAGAGGAGUCGUGAGCCAGAAGCAGGGGACUCAGCUGAUCAAGGCAACUUGAGCUGGCAGUACAUCGCCGGCUGCUGCCAGCACAGCACAAGCAGGCGGGAGUGAGUGAGGUGCGCUGUGCUGGCAGUGGCUGAGGAGCCGUAAUGUGUCACUGGCUCAUACUGGUUUCAGACUAUUAAUCGUAAUGCCUCCCAGGUCUUCAAGGGGUUUGUUUCUUGCAGCCUUGAGGCGAGGCAUGCCUUCUGGUUAAUCCACAGAAGAGUUUCCAAACUGGCAAGGCGAUAAGACCCUUCGCUUUUUCAGCAGCUGGUGCAUUUGUUCCUUAAAAAACAAUGAAAGAAGAACUUCAGAUUUGAAGAGUUGAGGUUGUGCUGCCUCUCCGCACAUCACAGUGUUUACCUAUGGAGCUCGCUUCCGCAGGAGGCAGCUGUGCAUCUUUAGGGGGCUGUAAAAGAGGACUGGGCAAAUUCACGGCAGAGGGCCAGCGAUCGACGGCUGCAGCCACAGUAGCUGUUCUCUGCCUCCACAGUCGGAGGCAGCAAUGCUUCUCUGUGCUAGUUUCUUGAAAUCACAGGAGUGGAGAGUUGCUCUUAUGCUCAGGUCCUGCUUAUGGGUUUCCCAUCUGGGCACCUGAUUGGCUGCUGUUUUUAAACCCCCCCCCCCCCAUGUUCUUUCAUCCUCCUCUCUCAGAGUGGGCGGAGCAGCUGACGCAAAUGGGCCGCGGGAAGCAUUUCAUUGGGGAUUUCCUGCCACCUGACGAGCUGGAGAAGUUCAUGGAGACCUUCAAGGCCCUGAAGGUAACAUGCUUUUGCACCCCCUGCUCUUCAAGCCCCCCUCCCCAUCUCUCACACACGCCAGAUACAAGCUUGCAGGGAACGCCGUCUCCCUUGUGGGAUCCCAGAAACUGGGCUGGACAGAUCCUUCUGCUGGAUUCUGCAAAUCUCUUCUCAGUGUAACAGCAGAGUUUGAUUUCAGCCGUGUUCUCAUCAAGCCUUUGACCUGGUUUGGAACUGCCCCUGAGCAUGAGCAGAGGGCAGUUCCCUUGCCACUGAACAAGUACAGUGCCCUGAGCCCUGCCCGUAGUGGAGAGGGAAACGGUUCUGUUUGUGGCUGGCUGGCUGCUGCUUUCCAGAGAAGCUUUCACCUUCCCCCUCCUCUCGAGGAAAUCAAAUGCCAAGUGAGGCUACCCUCCAGGGGUGGCGUUAGGAGGUGAUCCAAGGCACCUGUGCCCCAGAGCUUUUUUAAGCAGUCAGUGCACACGCCCCAACUUUGCUCUCCCUCACAAUGCAAAGCCCCCUGGUUUUCUUUAACCCCCCAGGAAGGUCGCGAGCCAGACUACUCCGAAUACAAGGAGUUCAAGCUGACGGUGGAGAACAUUGGUUUCCAAAUGUUGAUGAAGAUGGGCUGGAAGGAGGGCGAAGGCCUGGGCUCGGAGAAGCAGGGCAUCAAGGCCCCCGUCAACAAGUAUGCACCUUGUCUCCAUCUCUCUCCUCCACCUGCUCUUGGUUGUGUUUUUUUUACUAGGGUCCGCUACUCCUACUCACCAACCCCUUUCCCUCCUACACCUGACCAACCCUCCCUUUGCACGUCACCUGUCCCCUCUGUUCGCCCCAAGCUCCUUUGUGCCCCCCACAGUGUUCUCCCUCUCCUGCCUGCCAUCGUGCAGGAGUUGGCGCGGCCACCGACUGGCAGCUGCAUGAACUGCACCAUGACAACAACCUCACGUUCUUAUGUAUAUAGGAAGAUACGGCCUUCCCCCAUACGGUGCCUUCCUGGACGUGUCGCAGGGAGGCCACUUCGGUGCUGCUUACACAGCAGUUUGGCUUCACCCCCAGAGGCACACUCCAUUGUCUCUUGAGACAGAUGGAUGCCAACAAAAAUCUGAAAGCUCCGUUGGUGGAGCGUGUGCCUUGCCCGCCGGGUGGUAAGAAUCUGUCCCUGGUACAAGUCAGCUUCUGACUCCUUUCCUAAUAAGCACCCAUGGAAGGUAAACUUAGCCUCUUUUUCUCCCUCGAAACAGGGGCGUGACAGCAGUAGACGGGGCGGGGUUUGGGAUUGACCGCCCCGCUGACCUGACCAAGGAGGACGAUGAAUACGAAGCGUUCCGCAAGAGGAUGAUGCUGGCCUAUAGAUUCCGGCCCAACCCGCUGGUGAGAUCGCCUGGACCUCAUUCUGUGUUCUUCUUAACCCUAUGCCACCGACUUCCAACCCCUGCCCCACUGACAUGCAGCCCAGGGGGCAGCCCCACUUGCCAACUUCCUUCGCCCCUCUAAUCUCAGUGCUGCCCUUCACUUAAGUCAGCAGGGAGGAGGAUGGGAGCAGACCUAGAAUGAGUUGCUUCUCUGCCUCUCAGGGUUGGGCGAUAAUCUGGUUUCCAGCUUCGUGAUAUAUUGCCAGCUAAACAUCACAAUAUAUAUAUAUCAGUGUCUGAAAUGAGGAUGGAGCUACGUAGAGGCGUUGGUGGGCUUCACGGUUUUCCCCACAUUGUGAUUUUUGCAUAGUGUGCACACACACAUCACGAUGCACAAUACAUUGCCAAGUCAGCGGUUAUGAAACCAGUAUCAUGAUGUGGACUUCAAACCCAUUUUGGACAAUAUAUCGCCCAGCCGUAACACAUACCAUGAUUUGCGAUAUAUUGCCAGGUCUAAAAGUAUGAAACCGAUAUCACAAUAUGGACUUCAAACUGGUUUUGGGUGAUAAUAUCACCCAGCGCUACUGCAGGCCCCACCCUCGAGGUUUGUGAGAGAGCUGGAACUACACAGAGGGGUCCCUCUUCUCUUGGCACCCGUAGGGAAGGAUUGUCAGGUUUCGUGCACGGGCUGCCAGUCCGCACCCACAGCCCACCCAGGCCACUUGUCAUCUUUUCUCUGCGGAGGUGGAUGUUGGGGGGAGGGGACUGAGGCUCUCCUGUGCUCCCCUUAGUCCUCCUAACUCGUCCUCUGACCGUGCUUUCUUCCUCUUCCCCCGCUACAGAACAAUCCCAGACGUCCGUACUACUGAGACCCAGCGACCUGCUUUUCCUCCCCUCUUUUCAAAUCGUCGGUUGGUUGGUUUACUGUGUUGCGUUUAUGGAAUCGACAUCUCUGCCCCCCCCCCACCACCCCGCUUUUCCUUUGAAAGCACUCUUGUUUUUAAAAAACUCAAGACCGGUCUCGUUCACCCAGCCCAUAGCGAUCAUGGGGAGGGGGCUGCGCUGUUAUUGUUGUCUACCCCCCAAGUAAAGAAGCAACUUUGGGGAUUUCUGUAGCUGGACUUGGGUGAGAGGGUUUGGAAGUCAACCCCCACCCUGAGUUAUCGCUCCCCAGGGGGCUGUCAGGAGUGAGGUGGGUGGGGUUGUGUGUUUGGGAAUGUCUUCGGAUAUAUUGGCUGAGUAACACACGAACACACACACUUACUUGAUUUGGGGCAGUCCUUUCGCUCUGAUUGCCCAGAGGAGUUCCUCCUGUUCUGGGGCAGGGUAGAGCAAGGAGGGCAUUUUGACCCACAUAGAAGUAGGGGGCAGGGGGUGCCAGGGUGCCACCUCUGGAGAGAGGCAGUGGGGGGAUUUGGACUCUCCCCCCCCCAAUAUUCUCUUUUCAAUAAAAUAAAUAAAAUCAGGCCACAAUAUUAGUGUAGGGGAAGCAGCCAGAGCGAGGGGAUGUACACACUUGCCUGUGAGGGGGGGUGGGGGUCAUGGGGUGAUACCAGUGGCUUUCACGAUCCCAUUCAGGGCUGUUCCUGCCGAGGGCGUCACUUUUCACCCUGCGGUGGAGCAGAGAGGUGAGGCAGAACCUUUUGGGCGAUGGUAGAUCCUGUUGUGGAGGGCAGACGAUCCCUCUUCCCUCCACCCCCCACUUUGCUAGGAAUGGAAAUUUGUUUACUUGCUACACCGAGUGAAACAAGGGGUCCCCCUUCUGCCUGGAUUCUCACUGAAGUGGAAGCUGAAAAGCAUCCAGGUUCUCCCCUGAAGGAGAAAGUUUGGGGCAGGGGUGUGGAGAGAUGGAACGGAGACGGGCGUUCCCUCCCCAAAACGUCUAGGGAAGCCCCCUUGCCCCCAAUAUACAUCUCAUUCUCUGCUGUUUUAGUCGAGAUUCUCUCCUUCCUUUCUCUCUCUCUCUCAACUCCCACACCCCCAUAGCAGACUUGUACCACUUCUAUUAUUAUUAUUAUUAUUUUGGGGUGUCGUGACCUUUUUGGUUUCUAUUUUUAUUAUUAUUAUUAUCAUCAUCAUUUCAACAAUGAAACUGUAGCGUUUGGCUUUCAACAAGUUAAUAAAGCUGUCUGUAAAUCU